AUGAGAACUGCAUCUACAUCUGAGUCUUCACAUCUAGUCAUCAUUCCAGAUACUAUACUUGCAAAAAUAGAUGCAAAUAGUGCCUCUCUACGUUCAUAUCAGAAAUACAUCCAGGGAACUAUCUCACCUCCCAAAAAGAAGAGGAAGCACUCAGAUCAUGCAUCCAAGAAGUUGGCUAAAAAGAAGAAGCGAUCAAAGUCCGUUCCACAGCCUCCUAUUCCAUCCCCAGACGUCUCUGAUGAUACUCAUGAAGCAGAAUUAGAUAAUCCCAUGUCUUCUCCUAAAUCUGUUUCACCAGCACACGUUCAGUCGGUUCUAGAAAGUCCAAACCAUCGUGUCUCCUUGGGUUAUGACUCACUUGACGAUGAUAACCAAGAUGAUGAUAACCAAUCCAAACCUGAAACUUUUACUCAAGGUUCUCCUGUACAAGAUAAUCAUGAUGAGGAUACUGCAAUACAGACGGUAGAUAUCCCUUCCAGUGAAGGACUGAUAGUCGAUGAUGAGACAAGUGACAUGUCUAUUGUCCUUUACUCCAAUGCAUCUGCCAAAACUUUCAGCAUUGAUCUUGAUGACUACUCUCCUCCAACUCGAAAAGAGUCUCAAGAAACGGAUGACGUUCCUGACCCAACUCUAUCAUCCUUUCAACAAGAUCCUCUUCAGGACGACGGUACUCCCAAAGAAACAGAUGAAGCCAAUACCAUAGAACCGCAGUCUGAGCGCAUCAGACUUACUGCCCAAAUGGUAGCUGAUGGUAUUGCAGAGAUUCGCUUUCACACAUCUUCUCACUCUAAAUAUCUGUAG